AUGGUCCGCCCGCGGGGAAGCUCAGCCUUGGGUGUGGACAUCCGAGGCGACACCAGUGCGCCAGCGAUGUCCACAAUGAAUGAAGUGAGCCCGAUCGAGCCCACAUCGCCUGGUAUUAAGCAAUUCGAUGCACAGAAACAGGCCAGCAAGGCACCGCCCAAACGGCGUCGAGCCCGUUCCCUCCUCCACCGAUUCGCAGAUACAUGUCUGCGAUACACAUGGCUCCUGCCGCUUCUCAUCCUGCUGUUCCUCAUCGGACUGUACGCUAUUAACCCCACACCCGCGAACCCCAUGUACAGCGCCAUCUUCCUGUCGUACCCCCAACCCCCGAAGACACCCGGUGGGCCCAUUAUGUACGGCAAGGGCAAGAAGGAUAUUGCGUUCGUGGCGUUCUACACCGUUGUGCUGUCGUUCACGCGCGAAUUCGUCAUGCAGCAGAUGAUCCGGCCGUUCGCGGUUUGGUGCGGCAUCCGCGGGAAGGGCAAGACAGCACGAUUCAUGGAGCAGGUGUACACGGCGAUCUACUUCGGAGUCUUCGGGCCGUUCGGUCUGUACGUGAUGAAGCGGUCGAGUAUCUGGUACUUCAACACGACCGCGAUGUUCGAGGGCUUCCCGCACCGCGAGCACGAGGGCGUCUUCAAGGCGUACUACCUCCUCGAAGCGAGUUACUGGGCCCAGCAGGCGAUUGUGCUGCUCUUGCAAUUGGAGAAGCCCCGCAAGGACUUCAAGGAGCUGGUCGGACAUCACAUUAUCACGUUGGCUCUCAUUGCGCUGAGCUACCGUUUCCACUUCACGUACAUGGGGUUGGCGGUGUACAUCACGCAUGAUAUCUCGGACUUCUUCCUGGCGACCUCGAAGACGCUCAACUACCUGGAUGCAUAUAUCACUGCGCCUUACUUCGCCAUGUUUGUAGGAUGGUGGAUUUAUCUGCGCCAUGUGCUGAACCUUAAGAUCCUUUGGGCUGUUCUGACGGAGUUCCGGACUGUUGGACCCUUCGAGCUGAAUUGGGAGACUCAGCAGUAUAAGUGCUGGAUCAGUCAGUACAUCACCUUCGCACUGCUUGCCAGUCUGCAGGCCGUCAACCUCUUCUGGCUCUUCCUGAUUCUGCGAAUUCUGUCCAACUACAUCUUCACCCGAGUCACCAAGGACGAGCGCAGCGAGGACGAAGACGAGGAUGAAGAGCUGGAGGCUGUCGAUGAGACCAAGGGCAUUACUACUGGGGCUGACCAGCUUGGCAAGGAGAACCAGGCCCCACAGGUCCUGGUCAACGGCGAACCUGUCGCUGAGCAGCGCGGUCCUCGGACUCGCAGCAAAAAGGCAUAA